GCACCCGUCUCUCGCUCACCGCCGAUCCUCUUAUAAUAAUCGCUUCCGGUCCGCGGCCACGACACACACGACGCGCGCACUACGGUCCGGCGCUUUUUCCCCGUUUUUCGGUCGUUGAUUUUGUUUUUCGGUUUCCUUUCUUUUUUUUCCCUUCCGAAUUUCCUCCGUUACCGACCAUACGAUUCCUUUGCACGCCCUUUGCACGUUCCCUUCCGCCUGCUCGCCACACCUGCCGGCCCGGAAAAAUAUGCGCACGACUAAUACGGCGGCGGUAACGACGACGACGACAGCGGCGACGGUGACAUCGACAUCAAACGAAACGGCAGUAGACACGUCAUAAUAACCGCAACAACGGCGACGUGAUGACCGGCGAAUCGUUCAACUGACCGCGGCAAUCCGGCAGAAUCGGUACGUGUCAAAUCAUAUUUACAUUGGUUAUAUUAAGCAGCUCGCUAUUGCUAAUAGAGUACCUAAGUUCAAUAAUAUUACAUCUCGUUGUCUGUUUGUCCGUGUAUCGUGUGCACACCGCAGUGUCUCGCUGAAACGACACUAAGCAGCGCACCACCGUAUCGCAGCCUGUACCGGACGUCGUCGUCGCGGCCGUCGCCCCUGAAUUCGCAAUCCCUUUCGGCUCGCACAGUAUUGCAGUCACGGCGUGCGUAUAGGCUACCGCGUGGUGUAGGUGUACGCGUGGUCGAUGGCUAAUUUCGGCCGGUAUUACGUGCCACCUUUCGGCGCCGCCUUGAACGUGGCGUGGGCUGCCGUCAAAGCUUACGUGCCAGAGAACAGCCCGUGCAUGGAGGCCGUCAUGAAACGCCGAGCCGAACAGACAGCGGCUGCGGGUGGCGCACCGUCGUCUUCAGCUGGGGGCGCGGACGCCGAGAAAACGCGUUUGCAGUCGGCGGCCGGCAAACCGGACACGAACCCGUUUCGGACCACGUGCAACGCGGAACUGUCGUCGUACGGAGGUGUGGGGACCGGUGACGCGAGCGGGGACGGAGGCGGCGGCAUCGCCAAGAAGGCGCCGCAAACUUUCAGCAUGGAUGACGGCAGCUUUGACGACGACUCGUCCGGCGGCGAGUUCGGACGCGGACGGCACAAGAUCGACGAAUGGCAAGCCGCGUGGAACGUCACCAACGCCAUACAGGUAUAUACUCGCAUCUUAAUUAGGAGGUAGAGGCGGGAAAUUUGCCCCGGAUACAUAACAAUGGUUGCGAUCGUGUAUCUGCAAUACGUCUUUGCGAUCUACGUCCCGUACCGACGACGACGGUUCGUUCGUCUUCGGGCGCAAUUUGACAUUGAGAGCUCUGAUCUUAAAACAUUUAUAUAUAACUCGGUCGACAUCGGUUAUGUACUUCGCGGUUCAACCCCUUUAUACUGCGGGCAUAUAAAAAAGGGGAUACUCUGCAGGUUGCAUUUCUGUACUGUUUUAAAUUGUACGUGUACAGUGAUCGCCGGCGUACCCGUGAAUUUUCGCGUAAAAUUCAUCAAACUUGAUGUAUACAAUUAUACAUACUAAAACAUACGUUAUUUUAGGUUAAUCAGUGAGCUACCUACAUCGCGAACGAAUUUUUUACGGUUGAUAUGUUAUACUUAACGAUCAAGUGAGUUCCAAAAACGAUCAUUCAAUAUUUGUAUUAUGCACUCAAACGUUUUGUAACGCUAAUGCACCGUUUCGAAAAAAUAAUAAUAAUAAUAAUAAAAACAAUUGAUCACGACUUUUGUUUGCACUUACGUAUAAUAUUGUUUUUGCACAAAUGCACUUUAUCACGAAUAACAGUUGAAACCGCACUUAUUUAAUACAUUUUAUAAUAACGAUUUUGUUGCACAAUAAUAUAUUAUAAUAUUUUAUUGCGUUUUCAGAUUAACACGGAAUAUUGUAUUUUAGGAGAUUGGAUGUUUUUAUAUAGGUGUACGAACCGUUUUAGAAAAGUCGUGGCUAUAGGCAAUCCGAAAGCAGAUUAAAACAUUUCCCGCUCGUCAGUGCAGUAGAUAAUUUUGACUAUCGCCCGCAUCAUAAUUGUGUAGGUUCACAAAUGACCCGUCGCAUUUUUUUUUUUUUUUAGCCAUUUCCUACUCGAAAUACGUCAUUUGGACGGGGUUGCUUAGGCCGCUUAAAGUGCGGUACAUUUUUACAACUCGUUACACGUAAUUUAUGAAUUGAUCUAGUCGCCUAGUUAAUGGUCGGGAAGCAGGGGGGGGGGGUAAAGGAGGCUGAGAGUUAAAACCCAAAAAGCGCGUCCUUGAAACUCACACCGUGCACGUGCAAAAUUUCAUCCCACUGACUUCAAUUUCAAUUCAGAGGUGUUGCGAAUGGUGUAUACCUGAAGCUGAAAAUACACUCUCCCCUCGCGCAACAACACGGAUGGAAUUUUAUAUUGAAAUUCAUCCAAUAUCACUGCUUCAUCCGCCUGUACAAUUCUAUAUAACAAAUCGAAAUGUAACAAUAAUUCUAAUAAUAAUUCCCGAAUUUUUACCGAUGCCCGAAAUUCGUUAUACUUACCGAUAUAAAACCGAUAUUUAAGAUCGAAAAUCAAAGUUUGAUACUGAAACUAACCGAUAUGUCGAUUGAAAACUCGUUUUUAACGUCUUUUUCAUGUUACAGAGACAUUUUUUUUUUCCUUAAUCCAAGCCAAGUGUCACUAAUGGGUGGCUUCUUAUUCGUACCCGCAUGUCAAAUAUUAUCCUUAUCACAUAAGCUUAUUAUACUUAUUUGUAUAGCUUGUCCGUGUUCUGAAUAAAAAUUAAAAAGGAAAACAUUUUUUUUUCCGAAAAUAUCUGGUCAAAAAAACGUUUAAAAACCCGAUGUUCCGAUUUCCACAAUAUCGGCUUAUGCAAAUACUCAACAGUGAUGUUUCAAUGGAUUUUUUAUUUUUUGAGAUUACAUUAUAACACUUGGUGACAUAUUUUUUAUCGUUAUUAUCACGGUAUAUACUGUUUAUAGAGAAAUAUAUAUCAAUCGUACAAACUAUUUAAUUUUAAUUAUCGAAAAACACUCAACAUUUAAAAAAUUAAAAAAGAUGGACAUACUUUGCAUGACGGGUAGGCAACUAUUGUAGAUGAGAAAUAGGGAAGGUAGGAUGUAGAAAGUAAUUUAAUUUAUAUCUGUGCGUAACGAUAAGCCAUUGCUAUUGAAAAACGAUUCGGAGCAAAGUUCGGUUAUAUACAUGUUUUGAAAGGUUACGACCUAAUAUUUCGUAAUAUUUACGAGUUUCGUUAAAAUUUUAUACUAAAAUUCAUUUAUAAAAAAAAAAAAUACUGCAUUACACUUAUUUUUUUUUUUUCGUAUCACUAAGUACGACUUAUAAUAAACCUCCUGUUUUGUUUUCAAGCAUUUCUGUUUAAUCUAACAACUUUAUCCGCAGAGUACUUGCCGAAUAAAAAUUACGUAAAAUACUAAAAAAAUUAAAACAUCUAAAAAUAACUCGAAAAUGACGCAAAUGUUUUGAAAAUUUUACCAAGUCUAGAAAAAAAAAAUACAAGUCAUUCGUUGAAAUUCCAAAUCAUUACUAAUAUUUUUAAUUAAAUUACGUUAAAAGAACGAAAUUAUAAAUAAUAAAAGUAGUUUUUUCGUAAAUGUUCCCAUUUUUUUCCGGUUUUGUUAAAUUAUCAAUAAAACAAUUGUAGAAAAAAAUCAAAAAAAACGACUUUCAUAUUCACCAACCUGGAUUAAAAAUGCAACAAGAAAAGUCUCUUGUUGUGUUCCUAUUAGAGCGAUAUUAUUUCUGGUGGAAAACACAAACCGUACUAAUUUAAAAUAAAGGAAUCAUAACGACGUAGAUAUACCAAAAUUAAUAUUUUGUACAAUUUCCAAAAACUCUAUUGUCGCAGAAUAUUGGAAAUAAAAAAAAGCAAUCCGACCGUUUCUAUAUAAAACGAACAUUUUGUUUUAAUAUUGUAUAUUAAAUACAUAAUAAAAAAAACGAACAAGAGCACAUACUUAUAUUAUGUAUGCAUGUUGUAUCGUGCUGUGUAACAUUUUUUUUCGGACUUCAUAACGUGCUGUGUAGCAAUCUCGGUCUAUUAGUAGCAUCGUGAAGUUCCCAAAAUGUUUUUUUUCGUGCACAACCAUCGUAUACGAACAUAGAAACCGGUGAUUUGUCGGCUAUUAAAACGUGAUAUGUGUGCGUUCUGGUGCGUUCUGCGAUAUCUGGCUUCCACUGUUCACAGUUAUUUGACGCAAAAGAACGUGCCACGUGCGUUCCAAAUAACAUUUGAAAAAAUGUUUAGUUCAUUUUUCGGCUUUAGUUGUCACUGUAAAAUUUACAACGCGCUGCAUAGCACGUCAUAUUCCCGCCCGCCUUUCAGUUAUAUCAUACGCUUGUGUAGUGCCGAGCGAAUUCUCGAACCCAUCGAUUUGGUUCCGUCGCGUUGAAACUUUGGACUUUUUUCAAUUAAUAUUCAAGAGAAUUAAAAUGUCCGUUGGUUCUUACAUACGCAUAUGAUAUUUUUGUGCGUAAUUAUCCUGGUAGAAGACAUAAACGGUAAAAAGUUGAAAUAAAUGACGCCGUAAAUGUUACCUCCCUACUUUUUAUUUGUCUCAUUUUUUUGGUUGGCCCCAUUUAUUAUGAAAACCGAUUGGAAAAUCAAAAAACGAUAUACCCGAAUGUACCACUUGCGGAUAAAAUUUCCUUUCGGGAAAGGUUUAGGCACUUGAAAAUCGGAGCAAAAUUUCCGGUAGAAAAGUUGUUCACAGUUGGAAAAAAAAAAUAAACAUUGUAAUACUCAAUACGUUCCUUGCAGCGCUCCGAAUCUAAAAAAGUAGGUGAAAACCGUGAGAAAAUUGUGAAUUUGAAUUGCUUCGAUGACCGAAAAUUGAAAUGAAUACAAUUUUAUGUUCUUAUUUCGAUUUUACAGCGGUAAAAGUGAUACGGACGGACAACGAUGACUGUAUCACGACAAUACGACAAUUUUUCGUUUUUUUUUUUUUUUUUUUCGGUAUCCAAUUGAAUUUAUUUUAGAUUCUGAGUGGAGCGUAGAAUGUAUUGGUUUCAUAUAUAUGUUUAUUAUUUUUUUUUUUAUGUAAACACUUUUUCUACCAGAAAGAAAGCUUACUACGAUCUAUACAAUGUAGAGGUAUACUCUUUUUCUGAAAGGAAAUUUUCUUGGGGCGGUACUUUAGGGAAGUAAUUUUUCGAUUUUCUCAUCAAAUGUGAAAAACCGAAAACGAAGGAAAAACGGGAAAAUGUACGAAAUAUAUUGGUAAAAUUACGAGUAUUUUUUUUUCUGCGAACAACUUUUCUAUAUACCUUUAAUUUGGCUCCGAUUUACAAUGAUAGCACUUUUUCUGAAAGGAAAUCUGACCGGGGGAGGUAUUUUAGGCAGGUAAUUUUUCGAUUUUUUCGAUCUUCCCGGGGGAAAACGUAGGAAAAACGGAAAAAUCGAUACAGUAUUCAACAAAUAUUGUUAAAGAAAAUAUUUAAUGUACAUUUAUCUAUUUCACCGUCAUAAUAUGAACAUGUUAAUCGUAUUGUGUACUGUUGUCAAAGCGUCACUAUCAACCGAACUCCGCUCAGAAUCGUUUUUGUUUUUCUCUCGUAUAAACACCGGUUUAUCGUUGCUCAUACAGACAUCAUACAUAAUUAAAUCCGAUUAUUCUGUACGUCCUACCUUGUCAGCUUUUCACCGACAACCGCAGUGGCGGCGGCACCCGUGCAUCGUGCGAAAUACGUGUCCGUCUUUCCGUCUUAUUUGUGUUCCCCGGUACCGGCGUUUAACCGUUAUAUUUCUAUUUCUAUUGGACGCGCGUCGCGACCACGCGCAAUAUCGGAACGGUUCGGGUUUUUUUUCGCCCCGGGGUUCGUGCCUAACCCACCCGCGGCCGUGCCGCUAAAUGUGUCGCGCGCUACGGCGACGAGGUAUCGGACUCGGGGGUAACGGAUUCGCGAACAACAACUUUUCGGCGCACUUGCGAUAUUAUGUGCGUACAAAAACUUUGCGCGGGCCCUUAUUGCGGCGAUAACGGCGCGGUAAUAGGACGCGGGGGCGGUGGCGUGGCGGUGACGAAGAGCAGUGUCCCGCGGCCGUAACGUUAUCCGGGCUCGCCGAACCGUUUUGCCGCCGUCGCAAACUUUGCGCGUUUCGGGCGAUAAAAUAGUUUCGUCGCGCGCGUAGGAAGUAACGGGUCGGACGCGGCCGGAUACGAAAACACGCGUUACACGGCUGCGAUAACAUUAUUACGAAUUUACGAUUGUCGUUUUCGGAUUUCGAACUGCAGUAGCGCAGUUGUACCGUGACAACGUGCGUUGAUAUCGUGACGGCGCGCGGGCAGCGUUUUGUUUUUCCUCCGUCUGUAAAACGCCUUUUUGUUAAUUUUUGCCCAGGUCGGGUACGCCUGCAGGGCACUUCCUGACGUUUUAUAAUAAUUUGGACCCUGAAAUUUAUUUCCCAGAACACAGGGCCCGUAUUUUCACUGAUGUUACUAGAAUAAAAUGUAAUAUAUUCGUAUAUAAUAUAUGUAGGUAUAAGGUGGAUAACAAUGUUCGACAGAAAUGCUUGAGCACUACACAAAAAGUUCAUUUGUAGUUGUGCUUGGUGGUAAAAAAAAAAAAAGAAGAAGACAGUUGAGCGUAAUAUGCGUUUUAAAAUCAAAUUUUGACGAAAAUCGUAAAAAUUAAUGUACAUGUUUUUAACCGAACUUUGUUCAGAAUCGCUUACCGUUAGCAACGGUUUGUCGUUGCGGACAGAUAUAAAUUAAAUAACCUUAUGCAUUCUAAAUUCCCACUCAGUGCGAAUCACGUGAUUCACAAAAAAAAAAAAUAAAAUGGGUGGGUGGAUCUCGGGUGCUUGGGUUUUCAGAAAUUAUUAUGUUUUUACAAAUUAAGUGAUUAAAAGAAUUUUAAACUGCGGAAAUUCAAUCAAUUUCAUUAAAGACCUCCAAGGAAACUGUUGGAUAUUGCUAAAAAUUGUAGAUAACAGACAAGGUGUGAUAGGGUGGGGGUAUUUUUGGUAGGUAAGUGAAUGUGUGGAAAAUUAAAUCGGUGAUUUGAGUUUAACCUCUGCCGCCGCCAAUAGUAUCAGUUCUUUGUUCGUUUCUGAGCGCAUUGUAUUGGUUUUAUCGUGUGCGCUUUUUUGUGAUCAGAAAAAAAAAAUGUUAUCAAAAUCAACGCUAGGGGCCAAUAAAUCCUAAAUACUGCUGGAGGGAGGAGUGUUUUAAUUUCGUAAAUUAGAUACAACUUGUGAAUACCUCCGGACAUCCUCCGCGAUAGUCGUAAAAUCACCAUUAUUCAAUUAUAAUAAUAUGAUUGUAGAAUUAAUUGUUUAUCAGUUGAAGUGGUGGGAAAUUCUAUAACUACACAUUUUGUAAGAACCCGAAGCUACACUAUAAUACGGCUUAAACGCGGUUGAGGGGGAGGGGAGGGUGACUACCCCCGAUUACGCGUCCGGGUGUCUGUAUAUAAAUCGGGGAUCGAAGAUAUCUCGAAGAAUCCGCGGACAAAAUUAAAAACUGAGUAUGCUACUUGUAAAAUGUAUUUAUAUUCAACACCAAAUAUAAAUGUUGAAACACACCAAGGUUGAAAAAAAUAUUAUAAUAUUGUUUAUUUUUUUGUUGUCGUUUUUCGUACGCGCUUGUUCACGCGGUACGCACACUACAGGGAAUGUUCGUGGUGUCGUUACCGUUCGCCGUGUUGCGAGGAGGAUACUGGGCGAUCGUGGCCAUGGUGGGGAUCGCGUACAUAUGCUGCUACACGGGCAAGAUACUGGUCGAGUGUCUGUAUGAGCUGGACCGGGCGACGGGCCAGAGGGUCCGGGUCAGGGACUCGUACGUGUCCAUAGCCCGCGAUUGUUUCGGGCCCGUGUGGGGCGCCCGGGCCGUCAACGUGGCCCAGAUGAUCGAGCUGCUCAUGACGUGCAUAUUGUACGUGGUGGCGUGCGGCGAUCUGAUGGAGGGCACGUUCCCGGACGGCGUGAUCGACACGCGCAGCUGGAUGAUGAUCACGGGCGUGCUGCUCAUACCGCUCGGGUUCCUCAAGCACCUGCACCACGUGUCCUUGCUCAGUUUCUGGUGCACCAUGUCGCACAUACUCAUCAACAUCAUCAUACUGGGUUACUGCGUGCUGGAGCUGCCCGACUGGGGUUGGAGCAAAGUGAAGUGGACCAUCGACGUGGAGAACUUUCCCAUAUCCCUGGGCAUGAUCGUGUUCAGUUACACGUCCCAUAUAUUCUUGCCCACGCUCGAAGGCAAUCUCAUCGACCGGUCAAAGUUCGACUGGAUGCUGGAGUGGAGUCACAUCUCGGCCGGCGUGUUCAAGUCGCUGUUCGGCUACGUGUGCUUCCUGACGUUCCAGAACGACACGCAGCAGGUGAUCACCAACAACCUGCAGUCGCCCGCGUUCAAGGGCCUGGUCAAUGUGUUCCUGGUUGUCAAGGUGCUGUUGUCGUACCCGUUGCCGUAUUACGCGGCGUGCGACAUACUCGAGAAGUCGUUCUUCAUCGGGCCGCCGUCCACCUCGUUCCCGGGCAUCUGGCAUCUGGACGGCGAACUCAAGGUCUGGGGCCUGGCGUUCCGUGUGGCCAUCAUAGUGUGCACGGUGUUCAUGGCCAUAUCCAUACCGCACUUUGCCAUCUUGAUGGGUUUCAUCGGCAGCUUCACCGGCACCAUGUUGUCAUUCAUCUGGCCGUGUUACUUCCAUCUGAAACUGAAGAGCGAAUCGCUCGAGUGGCGCACCAUAAUGUUCGACUGUUUCGUCAUAUUCCUCGGCUGUCUGUUCGGCGUCAUCGGCGUCUACGAUUCGGGUACCGCCAUAAUAAAAGCGUUCCAGAUCGGCUUGCCGUUCUGAGCGGCCCCGUUUCCCCCCCGUCGUGUUAUUAUUAUUAUUAUUAUUAUUAUUAUUAUUGUUAUUAGAUGAUAUUAUUAUCUAACCUUAUCGGCUAACCUAAACGUAUAAUAACAGGAAGGUAUUUACCGCGUUUCCGAUAAAACGUAGAUAAAAACACGUACCCGCCCACCUUAUAAAAUACGCGCGUUACUUACCGUGAUCGUGUGCGAAAUAGAUUUAGCCGCCGUUAUGAAAAAUUACCUACUCUAAAAAUCCGUGUCGUUCGAUUCCGGUGUUUUUCGCACUCGUAUUAUUAUUAUUAUUAUUCGCUAAACACUUACACGCGAAGUAGUACCUAUGCGUAUUUUUCUUCUUCUUGUUCUUCGGUAGUUGCCGGCGUUCAAGACGCCGUCUUCCCACAGGCGUAGAGACAGAAAACGCGUACGGCUCGAGUGCCGUA